ACUCCAGCAUUGCUGUGCAAGCAGAUGUUCUGUCCUCCGAUGCCAAUUCUUACGAUUUUCGCAUUUGGAUAAGGUAUCCUUGCAGGCGAAGGCUGCAAAGUGACGGGAACAAGCAGAAACUGCAGUCAUUCUCCUCCUUCCUUUCCUCCUCUUCGGCUCGGCGACACAGAGAGAGUUGUGAACGGCUUUGGAGAGAUACAGUAGAAGCUACAGUAAGAACCGGGGCGAGCACAAGGCAGCAGUUUCCUCCACCACACCUGUGAUGCGUUGUUCUGAGCAACGGAGACGCACGAGCUGGAUGCUGAUGGCCACGGCGCGGCACGAGGAUACAUACUGAGGCAAAAAAAGACACUUAUUAACGAAAACAGCCCUAAAAGUGCACCAGAGGACACUCUACGGUCUUGAAAAAGAUUUUUCUGUCUUUGUUUCUCCGCUGCUCUCUUUUUCAUUGAAACUUAAGUGAUUAAAACAGCUUAAAGAUGCCCUUACCUCCGGGCCCCUUUGUCCGCUGCGGCUUCAGCGCUGCGCUUCUUCUGCUCGGGCUCAUGUUUGCUGGCAUCACCUCCACUGGUGGUUCAGAGCAUCCGGCCACAGCAGCACUUCCCGCUGCAUUCUCGGACCUCCUGCCUCACUUCCUGGUGGAGCCUGAGGAUGAAUACAUCGUGAAGAACAAGCCUGUGACCCUGUCCUGCCGCUCCACCCCAGCCACCCAGAUCUACUUCAAGUGCAACGGCGAAUGGGUUCACCAGGACGACCACUUGAUUGAGCGAACCGUUGACCCUGCUACAGCGUUGCCGGUCAUGCAGGUGACGAUUGAGAUUACCAGGCAGCAGGUGGAGAAGAUCUUCGGCCUCGAUGAGUACUGGUGUCAGUGUGUCGCCUGGAGCACCACUGGAACUCAGAAGAGCCAGAAAGCGUACAUCAGGAUUGCUUACCUGAGAAAGAACUUUGAGGAGGAGCCUCAGGGUAAAGAGGUGGCAUUGGACCAGGAGGUGUUACUGCACUGCCAUCCCCCCGAGGGAGUGCCACAAGCCGAGGUGGAAUGGCAGAGGAACGAGGAUGUGCUCGACCCAUUGAGCGACCCCAAUUUUUUCAUCACACCUGACAACAAUCUUGUCAUCAGAAAAGCCCGCCUUUUGGACACGGGCAACUACACGUGUGUGGCCAAAAACAUCGUCGCUCGCCGCAAAAGCAACUCUGCCACGGUCCUGGUCUACGUCAACGGUGGCUGGUCCACAUGGACCACCUGGUCGUCCUGCAGCGCUGUGUGCGGGCGUGGCUGGCAGAAGAGGAGCCGGAGCUGCACCAAUCCCACGCCACUGAACGGAGGCACAUCCUGUGAGGGGCAGAACGUCCAGAAAAGUGCCUGCGUGGCCACCUGUCCAGUGGACGGAGGCUGGAGCGAGUGGAGCAAGUGGUCGGCAUGCGGGGCAGAUUGUUCGAUGUGGAGGAGCAGGGAGUGCUCCCAGCCCUCGCCCGGCACCGGGGGCAAGGACUGCCAGGGGCUCGACCUCCAGUCUCUGAACUGUACCAAUGAGCAGUGCCCACAGACCGUGAGCGGGGCCGAGGACGUGGCGCUGUACGUGGGCAUGGUGGCCGUGGCCCUCUGUCUGACCCUGCUGCUCAUCGUGGUCGUCCUGGUCUACCGGCGCAAGAAGGAGGGCCUGGACGCUGACGUGGCGGACUCCUCCAUACUCACCACUGGCUUCCAGCCUAUGGGCAUUAAGCCCAGCAAGCCAGGUGUGUGGGCACCACGGCCACGAAGGCCUCCCCACAGCAAGAACUCCCAUUUGCUCACCAUCCAGCCUGAUCUGACCACCACCACCACCAGUUACCAGGGCACCCUGCGCUCUCGCCAUGAUACCGCUGGGAAGUUUUCCAUGACCAACGGGCCUCUGCUGGACCCGCUUCCCAACGGAUCGCACACUCUCCACAACGGGAAGCUAAACUCAGACACCACAGAGUUUGUGAGCAGGCUGUCCACACAGACCUACUUUAAAACUCUCCCCCGUGACGUGGCCAACACCUCCUACGGGACUUUCAACUUCCUGGGUGGGAGAUUAACAAUCCCCAAUACAGGAAUCAGCCUGCUCAUUCCUCCCGAGGCCAUCCCCAGAGGAAAGAUCUAUGAGAUUUAUCUCACUGUUCAGCGGAAGGAAGAUUUAAGGUUACCGCUGGCCGGCUGCCAGACCCUCCUGAGCCCCAUUGUGAGCUGCGGCCCUCCGGGGGUGGUCCUGAGCCGGCCAGUUAUCCUCAGCAUGGACCACUGCUUUGAUGCGUGCCUCGAUAACUGGGCCGUCCGCCUCAAGAAGCAGAACUACGAGGGCGCUUGGGAGGACGUCCUGCUGAUGGGGGAGGAGCUGGUGUCCGAGCCUUACUACUGCCAGCUUGAGGCCGAGACGUGCCGCCUGUUCACAGAGCAGCUGGGCACCUUCGCCCUGGUGGGAGAGUCGCUGCACAUGGGCGCAGCCAAGCGCCUGCGGCUCGUCCUCUUCUCCGACGCGUACUGCUCCACGCUGGAGUACAACAUCCGGGUGUACUGCAUGGACGACACGCAGGACGUCUUCAAGGAGGUGAUGCAGAUGGAGAGGCAGCUCGGGGGUCGGCUGAUUGACGAGCCCCACAUCCUGCUUUUCAAAGACAGCUACCACAACCUGCGCCUUUCCAUCCACGACAUGCCCCAGGCGCACUGGAGGAGCAAGCUGCUAGCCGGCUACCAGGAGAUCCCGUUCUACCACAUCUGGAACGGUUCCCAGCGGUACCUGCACUGCACGUUCACUCUGGAGCGGCUCAGCCUCAGCACCUGCGAGCUCACCUGCCAGCUGUGCGUGUGGCAGGUGGAGGGGGAGGGGCAGAGCUUUGCCCUCGACUUUAACAUUGCCAAGGACACGCGAGGUCUGGACUCUGAGUUCCUGUUAAUGGACAGUAAUGCCACGGCUCUGGCCGGGCCCAGCGCCUUUCAGAUCCCGUAUCUCAUCAGACAGAAGAUCUGCGGCAGCCUGGAUGCGCCCUGUCCCAACGGAGCAGACUGGAGAAUGCUAGCACAAAGACUUAAACUUGAAAGACACAUGAGUUUCUUUGCAUCCAAAGCGAGCCCGACCUCUGUGAUCCUGGACCUGUGGGAGGCGCAGCACUUCCACAGCGGCAACAUCAACCAGCUGGCUACGGUCAUGGCUGACAUCGGCAAACAGGAGGCCAUGAUUUUCCUAGUCUCUGACGGCGAAUGCUAACCCAGAAACGGAGAGAGAAGAGAGGGAGGAAGUGGGAGAGAGACUGGUGCCAGAACACAGCAACAUGCAGACAAAACACUAAGAGCAGCGGGAAACAAAGAGCAGCGCUGUCCCAAUGUGUCUCUUCUUUAUUUUUAGGAGAUAGAUAGUGAAACGUUUAUCUAGGAUCAUGUCCUUUUACUCACACUCCAAACAGUAAGGAACAUCUUUAAACGACAGGAUUUCAUUAGGGUCAAGGCUGAGUCGUGCGUUUCCGUCAGAAAGUCUUACGAUAUUUUAAGCAUAAUAUCACUUUCACUUUUUGUUCCGCGAGCUAAGAAGGAGCAAUAUGCAAAUGCAAGGUUCUAACUUACAGCUGAUGUUGCAAAUUCCUCUCAAUCUUUUAUGAACUUGGUUUGAAAAGCCUGCUGUACACCCGGGAUAACAAGGAGGCCGUCAGCCAGUUCAGGUGAAAUAUGCAAUUGGCAGGUGACCAUGACAUCAUCUCAGACACAUUGUCCUGCGUGUAAACGACCGCGAAGGCGCGUAGCACCGCCUGCACGUUGCAGGUUUAAAAGCAGAUUGUAUGCCCCAGAAGUCCCGUCUCAUCAUGGUCUGUGCUUUUUUUGUGUUGGUGUUGUUGUUGUUAGUCCAGCCGGUAUCACUACUGUGAAUGUAACAUCUUGACAUCUUGAUUCAGCGAGACGCUUCGCAGCUUUUUCUGCUUCGAAAUCAAUACGUGUGUGUGGUUGGAACCUUUCUUCUUUAGGAGAGGAGUCGGUUAUAGUGCGUCUCCACUCUGAGAAAGAAAUCCUUUGAUUUGUGCAGUAUAUUACUCUGAUCAUUCAUCAUGUGAAGUUUUUUUUUUUUUUUUUUGGUUUUUGUGCGUUUUAGAUUUCUCAGCUAAUGAAGGAGCCAUAGCGCUAAAAGGCGUUCUCGCUGCAUUUAUGCGAACAUCGAAUGUCGUCAAAAGUGACAUUUUUCACCUCCUUGAUUACGUUCAUUCUCCAGCACGCGAGCAGGGCCAGAAAAAGGGUUAUUAAACUACAUGAAUAAUGUAGCACACUU